AUGUCGACAAACUGCGCCUAUUGCAGGGAUCGACGCCUUAGGAAGGGUCCUCAAUGUGGACAUUGCAAGGCCAACGAGUCUCUGAUUGACUACCAGGAGAAGCUAUUCUCGAUCAAACACAAGUCAGAGCGUGAACGGAUGGAUCAAGUGUUGGCGCUUCAAUCACUGGACGAUGGAGAUGAUGAGGGGGACAACGAUGUGGACAUGGACGAGGACGACAAACAUGACGUCACAUCAGUUAUCGCACAGGACGCCUUCUUGGCGAGCGCUGGCAAGAAGACAACGAACAUUGUAGAGUCUGAGGUGGAGAUGGCACUCAAGAUCAUCAUGCAGAUGGUACGUCCACUCGAUGAUGGUAUAGCCAGCGAGGGUGGUCAUCACAUCAAGACCAUCAAGCACAUGAAGAAGGAACUCAAAUGUGCGAGGGACUUGUGGUCAUCGUCAAAGGACUACCUCAACUCAUUCGAUGAGAUUGAUUCAGCAAUCAUCCGAAUCAGAGAGUGCUAUCCAGGCGAGAUCAUUGCGCCGCAUCAACAAAUGUUCAUACUUCGUCCACUGGAAGUAGGUCCAUUCAUCGAGAGGUUCACCAACGAGAGAAAGAAGGCAUCGGAGAACUAUAGAAAAUUCUAUACUCAGCUCUCUUAUAUUACAAACCUUUCCAAGGCAAAGAAGAAGAAUGCCACAGCAUUGGAAUUGCCAACAUGUUCGUCAUCAAUGGUGGAGGAUGACUCGAACAAAGACCAAGAUACAACAUCGACUACUUCCACAACCACAACCACGACCACAACGACCACGACCACGACUACACCUACAUCCACUACGAUGAUGGAGACCAAUGACGAUGAACCAAGCUCAUCAUCAAUCAGACCAAUUCCAGAACAAUCCUCAUCCGACCAAGAGGCACCCAUUUGUGUAAUUUGCCAAGAAGCCUUGGGAGAAGAAGUAGUUGUACUGAUGUGUGGACAUUCAUUCUGUUAUGAGUGUGUAAUGUACAUGAUUGAGCGCACGCCCAAUGCAAAGACAAUGCAGUGUCCUGUGUGUAGGGUGCGAGUCAACAUUGAGGAGAUAUCAUAUAUUGAAGCGAUUGAGAGUUCAGUGCCGAAUAUGAGUAUCAAGGGCUCGUAUGGAACAAAGAUCGAAGCCAUAUUGACAGCAUUGAUGCAGAUUGCCAAGGACACUCCAGAUGACAAGACCAUCAUCUUUUCACAGUGGUCUGAUGUGUUGGAGCUGAUCGCCAGAGCCCUACAAGAGAAUGGUAUACUAUUCGAACGUGGCGAUAAGUCAAGCAAAGGCAACAAAGGUAACAAGUCCAGUGGCAACAGCAGGUUCCAAGACGCGAUCAGUCGCUUCAAGAAGGAGCCCACCAUCAAGGUGUUACUGCUACCAAUCAACAAGGGAGCCAAUGGACUCAACAUCAUUGAGGCCACACAUGUAUUCAUUGUUGAACCAUUGUUGAACCCUGGAGUGGAGGCACAAGCGGUCAACAGAACACAUCGAUUUGGUCAAGAACGCGAAUGUUUCAUUCAUCGCUUCAUCAUCAAGAACACCAUUGAAGAGCGCGUUGUCCAAAUGAGCAAGACCAAGUCUCAAAUCGAAGGUGGUGAUUGGAAGCUUGCCAAAGAGAAAGAUAGCCAACUGCUCACCAAGAAUGACCUUGUAUUCUUGAUGGAGUGA